UAGACAACUUUACCAGUUACGUCAGGGCUCCGCUUGACGUUACUUCACGACAAUACUAGCUAAUAUGCCACGAAUCUUCUGCACUCUUUCUAUGUAUUGUAUAUAAAUACUUGGGUCCAAUGGAGAAAGAAAGUAAGAGCAAAAAAAAUAAAGAGAAAAUUAAACAAGCUGAACAAUGGCCAUCAGUGGUAGAUUGUUACGUACCUCUAAACAUAUGGGGUUAGGUGACAAUGCUCAGAAACAAAAACCUUGUAAAUCUUUCAGUAAUUAUUCGUUGAGGUUACUAUGUUUAAACAAAGGUAGUAAGGUUAAUGUUGGUGGCGGAGAUAUGGAGAAGAAACCAGUGGCUGCUAAGGCUGUUGGCGGGGCAGGCACCAUGUCAAGAUUGGCAUGUGUGGUUGUUGACGAACCAAUGACACAGAACUGGUUUCCAGAUAUCGGUUUAGUAGUAGAAAAUGUCUCGGAUCUGAUACUUCAGAACUUGAAAACUUUCCUCAAAGAAAUGCCGCAGAAGUUGCAUCAUUUGCAGUUGUUCAUCGAGAAGGGUAUUUUGGAUUGCAGGUUCUUCACUCUCUUUGCAGUCGCAGGGACUUUGAUUGGUUCAUUGUUAUGCUUUGUCGAGGGUUGUUACCUAGUCAUAGAGUCAUACUUCCAUUAUUUUAUGGCACUCUCACAAAAGUCAGACCUAGGACAUGUCGUGCAACUACUGAUCGAAGCUAUAGAUAUGUUUAUUUUGGGGACUGCUAUGCUUACUUUUGGAAUGGGAUUGUAUGUCAUGUUCGUGGGAUCAAGAAAUAUUAAUGUUAAAGGAGAUCAAGGGACAGGCAAAAACUUGUCUUACUUUCAGACAAUUCCAUCAAUAAUGGGAAUGAAAUCAGUGAUGCAAGCCAAAUCAAGAAUAGGACAUGCACUAAUAAUGCUACUUCAAGUUGGAGUAUUAGAGAAGUUCAAGAAUAUUCCUGUGGUUAAUGGACUGGAUCUAGCUUGUUUUGCUGGAGCUGUGUUUGUUUCCUCCAUUUGUGUAUUCAUUCUUUCUAGACUUGCUGUCACUACCACAAAGGCUGGCAACUAAGAAAAUCUACCUUUAGGUGGAGAAGUAUAUAUAUAUGUAUAGAGCAAGAAAAUUUGUAACAAUUAUGACUUCUCAUAUAUGACCUUUUUGUUAAUAAUUCUUUCAAUUUGUAACAAUUCAAAUAAAUUUAUUCAUAUUUCUUUUUAUAUUA